CUUUAGCAAUUGGUAUUGUACUUAGACCCUUAAUUAAAUUUACUCCCUGAGUGCAAUAACAAAUUAAACUUUAAAUAAAAACGAAAGUAAAUAAAAAAUAAACAUAAACAAAAUAAAAAAGGUUUUUGCUAAAAAAUAAUCUAAAAUAGCGAUAAACGCUUAAAAAUUUGUCUACAUGAUUAUGUUUAAAAAUCAAAGUUACUUGGAAGUAGAAAAUAUGCCCAUUUUAACACGCCGCGUUUUAACUAAUUUGACCAAAAAUGCUUUUUAUAAUGCACCCUCUAAAGCAUCCAGGGCUUUGUGUGCUACUGCACUACCAAGCAAAUCUCAAAACUAUAGCACUGAUUCAAAGCAAAGACAAAAUCUUUUAAAGUUCCCUGCCUUAAAACUCGAAGAAACUUUACCGAAAUUUUUAAAAUCCGUUGAACCACAUCUUACUAAAGAAGAAUUAGCUGAAACUAAACGUAUCACCGAAGAGUUCCAGCAAAAAGAUGGUGCUGAAUUACAAAAGAUUUUGGAAAAAGUAGCUGAGUCUGAAGAAAAUUGGUUAGCUCACAGAUGGCUUAAAGCUGCCUAUUUGACAUAUCGUGAUCCCGUUACUGUAUUCUCCAGUCCUGGCAUGACUUUUCCCAUGCGAGAGUUUAAAAACCCUGAGGAAUACUUUAUGUAUACUGCCAAAUUGAUACAGGGUCUGGUUAAAUAUAAGAAAGUUGUCGAUGAGGGUAAAGUUCCUGUAGUUAAAAUGGGCAAAAAUGAAUUGGAUAAUUCUCAAUUUAGUGCUGUAUAUGGUACCUGCCGCAUACCAUUGCCACAACAAGACGCUUUGGAAUAUCAUCCUAAGUCGCAACAUAUCGCUGUUAUCUAUAAAAAUCAUUUCUUUAAAUUGCCAGUUUAUGAUAAAAAUGGUAAAAUUCUUAAUGCUAAAGUAUUAGCUCAACAAUUGCAACAAAUUGCCAAUUCUGAAAAACAAAACGGUCUUCCCAUUGGUCUGCUUUCUACCGAUAGUCGCGAUAACUGGGCUGCCGCCUAUGCUGAACUAAUGAAAUCCUCUCAAAAUGCUCAGAGUGUUAAAGCUAUACAACAAUCUUUAUUCACAGUUUCUCUAGAUGAGAAUGUACCUUUUAAUAAGGACAGUGUAUAUAAUGUUUUGGGUCUUCAAUUGAUACAUGGUGGUGGUUCUAGUAAGAAUAGUGCCAAUAGAUGGAUGGACAAAACUAUACAGGUUGUGGUUAAUCCAAAUGGUAUGAGCGGUUUCUGUUAUGAACAUUCACCAGCUGAAGGACAACCCAUUGCCAUGAUGACUGAUUAUAUUAACAAGAUUUUCCCCGAUCCUAAAGAAUUUGAAGAUGGUUCUAAUGAUAACUAUGAACCAUUCUCUAAACUAAAUUUCGAUAAACCCUCUGAGACUUUACAGCAACAAAUCAAUGAAGCUUCUAAGAAUGUCAACAAAUUGGCUGAAGAUUUACAACUUGAAGUUUUACAAUACAAAGGAUAUGGAAAAGAUUUCUUAAAGAAACAAAAAUUAAGUCCCGAUAGUUUUGUACAAAUGGCUUUACAAUAUGCUUUCUAUAAAUUGCAUCAAUGUGCUGGUGCUCAAUAUGAAACUGCCCAUUUGCGUAUUUACUAUGGUGGCCGUACAGAAACUAUACGCUCCUGCUCUAAUGAAUCUAUGGCUUUUGCGAAAUCCAUGAUGGAUGCCAAAUGUUCUGAUGAAUUACGUGUGGAUCUUUUGAGAAAGGCCGUUAAUGCUCAUCGUGAAUAUACCACCAUGGCUUUGCAGGGACAAGGUGUUGAUCGCCAUUUAUUGGGUUUGAAAUUAAUGGCUCUCGAAAACAACAAACCCAUACCAAAAUUCUAUCAAUCUCCCGGUUUUGUUAAAAGUGCUCAUUAUCGCGUCUCUACAUCUCAGGUGGCCUCGCCCAAUGAGGCUUUUAUGUGUUAUGGCCCCUUGACACACGAUGGUUAUGGUUGCUGUUACAAUCCCCGUAAUUCGGAUAUAUUUUUAGCCUGUUCUGCCUGGAAAUCUAAUGAUCAAACUUGUGCCAAAAGAUUUGCCAAAGCUAUUAGUGAGGCCUUGACUAGUAUGCGUGAUUUGUUGGAAAGAGCAGGAGAAAAACCCAAAUCCAAGUUGUAAAACUUGUUCGUUACAAACAUUUUAAUUAUUAGAUUACUACUAUUUGCCUUAAAAGUAAAUUUUUAAUAAAAUCAAAGUGUUAAUAUUAAUUGUA